AUGUGGGUAAUCUGGGUGGUCUACUCGAUUGGUUUCUAGGGUGUUUGCUGUGCUGUGGGCCGACUACAAGCAUUGCAUCGAGAUCGCAAGCGAGACGACGGAUCAAAGAUCAUGUCCGAGACAUACCUCUGCGAGCUGGCCGAAAGCACCAUUGUCCUCAUGGUAUCUUGCCAACCCACGUUACGAGAACUCGUCGAUAGCACCAUCCGCAAGCGAGUGAGGAAUCAAAUGCAGACACCAGCAUAUAUUGCGAAUGUGUCCUAG